AUGCCGAUUGUCGACCUGCUUGCUUCGAUCACAGGCGAAAAGCCGAAACCAGCCGAACCGUCGAAAAUCAACAUAAAUCCAAAGAGGAAGGCCGACGAUGAUCUACGAAACGGCGGUGACAAGUUGGCACGGACGACGGCGUCUACAGCCUCCAGAAAGGUCCCUGUGACAACCUCUCGCCCUGCUACCGCCGCUGCUUCUCCCUCGGUCGCGUCGAAUCCGCGACCAGCAUAUCAAGGCACAUCCGACCCGAACAGAAGGACGCCCGGGUCUGCUGCCAGGAGUUCGGCAAAUCUCGGUCAGGGCACAGCGUCAGGCCAAAAAUCAAGGCCAACACCGGGAUCAGCAAGACCGGUUGCUUCGGUCGCCGCCCCGAAAACAGCCCCCAAAAAGGGCUCUUUUGCUGAGAUCAUGGCACGUGCGGCAAAGGCGCAGCAGAGCCAGGGACCCAUUGGGAAAAUUCAACAUAAAGCAGUGGAGAAACCACCACUGAAUCGUCAAAGAGCAGAUCCAAAGUCAGAUGCCACACGCGGUCCAGCAACCAACGGAAGGGAUGGCGGCAGGGGCGGGGCGGUUGCACAGAAAGGCAGAACAGCAGGGCCAUCCGCCACAAGGAACGGAGAUAAAACCAACGGAAGGAUACGAAGUCCUGGCGCACCGGUAACAAGGCCUGCGCCUAAUGUCAAGAAGGAAUCAGCAGUGGCUACAGAGGCGAAAAAGAUCAAGAAGGCAGCAGUGGCAACCACAGGGUAUCAGGGCACCGCUCGACCAAAGCCUAAUGGGGCAAAGAAGCCUGGGCAAGUUUCCACAAGCUCACGAAAUGCUGAUCAUCGCACGGCUGGUGUCAGUGGUUCAAGGGGUUACCGGUCUCGCCAAAGCCGCCAUUACGAGGACGACGACGAUAUGGAUGAUUUUAUCGACUACGACGACGAGGAAGACGAGAUCGGUUACGGGAGACCUCAAUAUGCCGACGCCUCUGAUGAUGAAUCCGAUAUGGAGGCUGGCAUUUCAGACAUUGACGAGGAAGAGCACAGAGCAGAGAUACUGGGUCGUCGCGAGGACCGCGAACAGGAAGCCCUAGAGCAGAGACUCAAGCUCGCUAAAGAGGAACGGAAACAACGACUCCUGGAAUCCAUGUCAAGGCGGCGAUAG